AUGAAAACUAGCUCUAAAUGCCUUAGAGUAGAGUCUUCCUCUGGUGUUGCACCUCCUCCUCCUCCUCCUCCUCCUUCAGGUGAUCCCACAUCUAAGGAGUAUGUUGAUUCGACAGUCGUUGUUGAUCCUCCACCUUCAACUUCAAGUGAUUCUAGCAUUCAGAGUAUGUUGGACACUGUCAUGAUCGUUCAGGCGGCUUAUGCCACAAUUGAUGCCAGUCCACCCUCCUCAAAAUAUUACUUCUCAAUCGUCCACAGUGCCACCAAAAUCAUAAUCUGGUCAGCCAACCGCGACAGACCCAUGUCAAGCUCUGACAAGUUGUCACUAACUGUUAACGGCCUCACGGUCACAAACCAAACUGGUCAAACACUCUGGUCAACCCCGCAAUUCAAUUCUGAUAUUUCUGCUAUGCAGCUUUCAGAGACAGGAAAUCUCGUUUUAGUUGAUGCAGGAAACAAUACGUUGUGGGAGAGUUUUGAUCAUCCGACGGACACUAUUGUCAUGGGACAGAGAAUUCCUAUUGGAAAAUCAUUGCAAAGAGCUGUGACAUACGGGGACAUGUCGGUGGGUGAUUAUCGACUUGAAGUUACUGACAGGAAUGUGGUGCUGCAAUGGAAUAAGAUGAAUUAUUGGGAAUUGUCCAUGGAUCCAAAGGUUGUCAGGAACUCUAACAAGGCCGUAUCGUUGAUGGUGAUGAAUGGUACCGGUUUGUAUUUGCUAGCAAGUGAUAAUUCCACGGUUGGUCAAGUAGCUUUGAGUGGUUCAGCAAGUUUUAGGAGUGGUAACUUGGGUUCCGAUGGCAGAUUUAGGAUCGUCAGAAGCUGGAGAGACGAAUUGGAGGAAGAAUUUUUAGGACCAUUUGAGGAUUGUGAUCUUCCUCUCUAUUGUAAAGAAAUUGAAUUGUGCACGCUGGGUGGAAUUUGUUCUUGUUUACCAGAAUUCAGUUAUCAAACCAAUGGUGAUUGCAUGCCAGUGAAUAGAUCGCUUUCUCUGCCUUCAGCUUGUACUGCGGCUAGAAAUGGCAGUCAAUUGAAUUCCUCUAUUUCCUAUCUAAAAUUCGGCCCUGGUAUGGACUAUUUUGAUAAUCGUUUCAGGGAACCCGUGAAAAAUAAUGUAACGUUGUCGGUUUGCCAAGAUUUAUGCUCUCAAAGUUGUUCUUGUCUGGGCUUUUUCCAUGAAAUUUCUUCUGGUUCUUGUUAUCUUCUUGAAAACCAUUUAGGUUCUUUCAUUUGGACAGGCCAAAGUACGGACCGUUUGGGUUAUAUUAAAGUUUUGGUUGGUUCUUCUCAUGGAAACUCAAUUGGGUCUAACAUAAAACAGAAACAAAACUUAUCAGUCGCUGGUUUGGUACUAUUACCUUUAACAGGAUUCUUAAUACUAAUAGUGUUUGUAAUCAUUGCAAUCCUUUGGUUAAGGAAAAAGCGGCUUUCUGAAACCAAAACUGUAAAACUAGGCCAGAGUAACUCGUUAUUAUCUGCAGAGCUAGAGAUGAUCUCCAUCCCUGGCUUACCAAGAAGGUUUGAUUAUGAAGAGUUAGCAGCUGCUACUGAGAACUUCAAGAACAGGAUUGGUCAUGGUGGCUUCGGUACUGUAUACAAAGGAACUCUGACAGACCAAACUAUUUUGGCAGUGAAGAAGAUUACAAGUUCGGGAGUCCAAGGGAAGAAGGAGUUUUAUUCUGAGAUUUCAAUAAUUGGGAACAUCCGCCAUGUCAAUUUGGUUAGAUUGACAGGUUUUUGUGCACAAGGGAAGCAGCGCUUUCUUGUUCUUGAGUAUAUGAACAGAGGCUCAUUGGACAGUACACUCUUUGGUGAUGGUCCUGUCUUACAAUGGGGAGAGAGAGUGGAAAUAGCACUUGGAACAGCUAGGGGACUUGCUUACUUGCAUAGCGAAUGUGAGCAAAGGAUCAUCCACUGUGAUGUAAAGCCAGAGAACAUUCUCUUGCAUGACAAUUUACAAGUGAAAAUCUCCGACUUUGGGAUUUCGAAGCUCAUAAGUCGUGACCAAUCCACCUUUUUUACUACAAUGAGAGGAACUCGAGGUUAUCUUGCACCUGAGUGGUUGACAAGUUCAGCUAUUUCUAACAAGGUUGAUGUAUAUAGUUAUGGGAUGGUUUUACUGGAGAUUGUAAGGGGGAGAAGGAAUUGCACAUUACAAAGAUAUAGCCACAUUACCGAAAAUGAUAUCGAAGGAAAUGGCGUAUCCUCAUACUCUUCUGGCUCGGAACUAAGACUAAUAUAUUUCCCUCUAAUUGCAUUAGAAAUGCAUGUGCGAAGAAGAUAUUUGGAGCUUGCAGAUCCAAGGUUAGAGGGAGGAGUGUCAAGUGAAGAGAUUGAGAAGCUAGUGCGGAUUGCCUUGUGUUGUUUGCACCAAGAUCCAGCACUGCGGCCGACUAUGGCUAAAGUUGUUGCCAUGUUGGAAGGUGGAUUGGCUUUGAGCGAGCCGAGGGUCAAGUCACUAAAUUUCUUGCGAGCCUACGGCCAGAGAUUCACCGAAACAACAACAAUGCAAGGGCCUACUUCGAAUGGUGCUGCAAUUGCUACAUAUAACUCAUUGUCUUACAUCUCUUCACAACAGCUCUCAGGUGAAGAAUAUGUUAGUACUCCUUCAGUUGUGGCCUUUGCUCUUGGGGUGCCUAAGGUAGAAAGCUGUUCAGAUGCGACUAGCUCUAAACGUCCUAGAGUUGAGUCUUCUUCGGGUGUUGCACCUCCUCCUCCUCCUUCUUCAGGUGAUCCAACUAUUGAUGAGUAUGUUGAUUUGACUACUGCUGCUACUCCUCCACCUUCUACUUCGGAUGAUUUUAGCAUUUGUCAUAUGUUUGACAUUGUCAUGACCGUUUAG